AUGGAGAACGCCGCGACGGCGGCCGCGGCAGAGGUGGAGGUGGUGGAGCCUCCUGACGAUGACUUCCACUUUGCAGAGACGGACCCGAGCCAGCGGUUUGGCAGGUUCGACCAGGUGCUGGGACGUGGCGCCUUCAAGGUGGUGUACAAGGCGUUUGACACCCAAGAAGGGACGGAGGUCGCGUGGAACCAGGUGCGCGUGAGCGAGCUGAUGAGCACCAAGGAUGCGGAGAACAAGGAGGAGCGGGACCGCCUGUUUGCGGAGAUCCGGGUGCUCAAGGCGCUCAAGCACAAGAACAUCAUGAGCUUCUACGACUCCUGGUACGACCCGCGCACCUACACCGUCAACUUCAUCACAGAGCUCUUCACCUCGGGCACGCUGCGCCAGUACCGCAAGCGACACAAGCAUAUUGACGAGGAGGUGCUGAAGCGCUGGGCCUGGCAGAUCCUGUGCGGGCUGGUCUACCUGCACGGCCACUCGCCGCCCAUCAUCCACCGCGACCUCAAGUGCGACAACAUCUUCAUCAACGGCUCGGACGGCGUGGUGAAGAUUGGGGACCUGGGCCUGGCCACGAUGCUGCGGUCUCGCACCGCGCCGCAGAGCGUGCUGGGCACCCCGGAGUUCAUGGCGCCUGAGCUGUAUGAGGAGGAGUACGACGACAGGGUGGAUGUGUACAGCUUUGGCAUGUGCCUGCUGGAGCUGUCCACCAUGGAGUACCCCUACUCCGAGUGCAAGAACGCGGCGCAGAUCUACCGCAAGGUCUCGCUGGGCGUGCGCCCCGCGGGCCUGCAGAAGGUGGCCAGCCCCGAGCUGGGCGAGUUCAUCAAUGUGUGCAUCACGCCGCGCGACGCGCGCCCCCGCGCCCGCCAGCUCCUCAAGCACCCCUACUUCGACUCCAUCCGCAAGGACAAGCUGCUGACGUCGCGCAGCGACGCCGCGCUGGCGGCGCACGACGAUGCCGGCAGCGAGUAUCGCAGCCUGGCCAGCGGCCCCGUGUCGCGCACCGCCUCCAGCCUCAACGAGAUGGUGGCGGCCGUGAGCAGCGGGGGCCCCCCGCUGCAGGGCCCUCCCUCCGCCACCAGCGUGGCCGGCGGCCCGCCUGCGCACCCGCUGUCGCGCACCACCAGCGCCGACGCGCACAGCGACAAGGCGCCCAGCGACAGCGCCUCGGUGCGCAGCCAGCGGUCCAACGCCUCGGAGCUGGCGCAGGCGGUGCUGGAGAACAUUGCGGAGGAGGGGGAGGCCUCUGACGGCGGCGAUGAGGAGCUGGCGGGCAGCCCCGCGGUGCGCAGCCGGCAGGCCUCCAAGCAGGCCUCGCCAGGAGGCUCGCCAGGCG